CAUUACUUCAGAGGAACCAGGGAUGCCAGAUGACGUUGUUAAAGAAAUGAAGACGCAAAUUGCCGCUGGUAGGCACGGCGAAGCUCUCAUAGAAUCGACCUCCAAUGGAAGAGUGUUGAAGCACGGGUCCGCCAUUGCACUGCAGUUGGUUCAGAACGACCUCUGGCUAAGUUGCAACCGCGUCAAGUACUGCGCCACCGAGCCCUGCCCGGGCCUCUUUUUCGACAGCCCAGACGGCGCGACGUGUCGCGGAGAAGCAUUCUGGAUAUACAGAGCC